AUGACUCAUUCGUUUAGAGCAACCGAAAAAUUGUUACCAGUUUCGCAAUUAAAAUGUAAUAUUCAAAAUAUUUUGAGUAAUAUCAAGAAGAUGGAAGCGUUGCAAUGCGAGACUGUAACUUCUGAAUCUAAUAUCGACAGUCUGAUGCAGCAAACUGAUGAAUUAAUCAAGGUAGUUGAAAAAUCUCCACUAGAACGUCUUGCUAAAACGAUUAAGAAAAGAAAAGAAAGGCGUAAGAUCAAAAAGUCGAAAGUGAAAGAAAUUAAAACGCACGUUGUUAGUAAAAACGUGUUGCAGAUGCCCUCUUCUAUAGCAUCUACCACAGUUUUGCCAAGUUAUGAAGCAUCUGCAAGAACUCAUACCGAAACCUCAAAUUGUCUAACUUCAACGAUCACAAAGAAACUCCAAAUUCGUUUGCUGAAACACGAUUCCCAACGUUUCCUUAGGAAAGUUGAUAUGGGUUCCACUCGGAGCGAGGUAUUGAAAUAUAAUGCUCCUGAAAGCACUAAAGAAAGGCAUUUGGAGGACCAAUGGAAUGAUGUAUUUUUUGGCCCGGUUGAACAUUCCUAUUAUGAUGAACAAAACAGGGGUGACUUCAUACGAAUACGUCGCAUCUGGGAUAGCUAUUUGACGCGUAGCAAACAAGGCACACAUAUACCUUGCGGUUGGGUUCUACCCCGUGAAAAUGCACUUAGAGAGUGGCAGCAAUAUAAAGCCACGUGA